AUGGGCUUCCUGUUUGUUGGUAGCGUGGGGAUUACCCCCCAGUGGUUCCUUCGGCGACGAAGUCUCGCCAUGGGCAUCAACGCAGCCGGGUCCGGCCUAGGAGGGUUGAUUUAUUCCCUCGCGGUAGGCGCCAUGAUCCCUAGAUUGGGUCUAAGCUGGGCGUUCCGGAUCCUAGGAAUCAUCGCCUGCGUGGUCAACCUGAUCGGAGCCAAUUUGCUCAGGGACCGUAACAAGGAUGUUGGCAGCCGCUACCGGGCCUUUCAUCUACCAUUGCUGAAACGCCCCGAGUUCAUACUAUUCCUCGGCUGGGGGAUUCUCAGCAUGCUGGGAUAUGUCGCAAUCCUAUUCAGCCUGGCCAAUUUCGCCCUCUCCGUCGGCCUGUCCUCCCAUCAGGGCAGCAUCGUCAGCGCCCUGCUUAACCUAGGCCAAGGUCUCGGUCGACCCUUCGUGGGUAUGUUCAGCGAUAAACUUGGACGGAUCAAUAUCGCCACGCUCCUAACAUUUCUCUGUGGCCUGUUCUGUCUCGUGAUCUGGAUCUUUGCACGGAGUAUGGGCGUUGUCUGCUUUUUCGCCGUUCUUGUUGGCACAGUCGCAGGCACAUACUGGGCUACUGUUACGCCAGUCCUUGCCGAGAUCAUGGGCCUGAGAGACCUGCCCAGCGGGCUCAGUAUUAACUGGAUCAUCCUGGUCGCGCCGACUACAGUCUCCGAGGCUAUCGCUCUCCUCUUGAGAGAUAACAACUCCAAAGAUUCCGUGUAUCUAAGGGUACAGAUAUUCACGGGCUUCAUGUACAUCGGCGCUGCAAUGUGUCUAUGGGUCGUGAGAGGUUGGAAAGUUGGGGAUUUGAUUCGAGCUCAGCAGGAGAAGUCAUCGGCGGCCAUGGCUGCACAUGACUCUGUCAUGGAAGGAAGCCGCCGUGGUGUCGAGGAGAAACGGGACCCUUCGGUGGCACCGCCUGUCCAGUCCGGUCCACAACCAGCACUGCUGCAGCCUUGGUCUCUGCCCGUUUUAGUGCGUGGGAUGGUGACUUUGAAAAAAGUAUGA